AUGACUCAGCAACAAGAUGAGUGCAUUGCUUAUUUUUCAACAUUAUGUCAAGAUCUUUUUAACCCAGAAGGACCCUCUAAACGAGAUGAAAUCCAAAAGAUAUUAGAGGCUAGUUUUCCAACUUUUUCGUCUUCUGAUUCAACAACAAAACUUACCAAUGUACCUUCAUUUGGUAUUGUGACUCCUACUGAUACUGCUAAUGCCUUGAGAAUCAUGUUGGAAAAUUCACCUAAUCCCUACGUACAAACGUUUUCACUUUCAAGAUUAAAGCAGCUCGUGAUGGCACAAUUUACGAUUUUUGAUAAAGAUACUAAAAUUCAACUACGUACAUUUUUGUUACAAUAUGCUUAUAUUCAUCCGGAUUUACAGCCUUUUGUUAUUACACAACUUGCAAGUGUAUUAGCUCUUUUGACUCGAUUUGGUUGGUUGGAUAUUGAAGAAUAUCAAAAUGUCUACAAGGAUAUGACUCAGUUUCUUCAAGCUUCUCACGAUCAUCGUAUUGUUGGACUACAAAUACUAUCCAUCAUUGUUCAAGAUAUUAAUUCAACUAGUAUGCCGAAAUAUGCUGCUAAAUUUAGAAAAGCAGCUGUGGGACUUCGAGAUUCUCAAUUGUUUGACAUUUUUACUAAUGCAUAUCAAUUAUUAGAGGGACUCCUUACACAAUCAAUUCCAUUUGAUAAAGUUGAUCAAGAAAAUAGCACAAAGGAUGCUACUCUUGAUUUACUUUUGAGAUGUUUGUCGUUUGACUUUGCAGGUAAUAGUUUAGAUGAAGCAGGUGAAGACACGGGCAUGAUUCAGAUUCCUGUUUCUUGGAGACCUAUAUUUGAGCGAGAAGACUUUAUUCCUAGCUUUUUUAAAGCCUAUGCUGAAUUUCCUUCAUCUUGCGCCAGUAAAGCGAUUGAGUGUCUUGUUCAUAUUGCAGCCACACGUAAAGCUCUUUUUAGUUCUGAAGACCAACGCAAUAAAUUUAUAGAUGCACUUAUGCAUGGUAUUCGUGAUAUCAUUGUCACUUCUACAAAAUUAGAUGAUUCUGACUGCUAUAAUGGCUUUUGCCGUUUAUUGCAUCGAUUCAGAAUGAUGGCCCCUCUAAAUGAGAUGGCAGAUAGACCCAAUUACGUAGAAUGGAUUGACAUUGUUGCUGAUUUUACACUGAGAGCCUUUCAAGCCAACUAUUUUAUGCCAACUUCAACUUUCUGUUUCCAUUUGCUAAGCUUUUGGUCUCGUAUUGUUCAGAGUAUGGCCUAUUAUCAACAAUUGAGUGAAACAGUUGCUCAGAAAUUACAACAACAUAUGCUGACAUUGACAAGCACCUUUAUUUCAAAUUUUUUGAAUACUGUACCUACUCGAAUUGAAGAAAUGUGGGAUGAUCCUUUAGAAGAUGAAGAUACUUUGGUAGAAUCUUUGUUUAUGUUGGGUCUAAUUGCUCGUUGUAAAUAUGAAAAGUCAUGUGCUGCACUUAUUGAAAUAUUUGAUCCUAUUGCUGCUCAUUAUGAAGAAUUAAUUAAUCAAGCAAGUAUAGGUUCUAUUAGUGAAGAGAAUUUGAAGGAAGCGCUUGAAAUCUUUUCAGAUAAAUUCACUUGGUUAGUAUAUAUUAUGGGUGUUUAUGUUGGCAAUAGACCUCCAUAUUUGAGCUCUGAUUCUUGUGAUGAAGCAGAUGGUCAACUUACCACAAAAGUACUUCAAUUGAUGGAAGUAAACCAAAACCUUAGUCAAAAUAAUUCGGCAUUUCGAAGUAAAAAAUUAGAUUCCGCAUUUGUUUUCUUCUUUAGUCAGUUUAGAAGAGCCUAUGUAGGUGAAUCAAACCCUAAAUCAGCUUAUAAAAAAUUAAAUGAGAUAUUUGGAGUUGAAAGCGAAACUGAUAUGCUUAAUGUGAUUAUGCGUAAAAUUGGAUACAGUGCAUUAAGAAACCUAAGAAAGAUUGAAACAACGUCACUUAUUAUGCAAAAUCAUAUGUCAAGUGAAUUUACUUUUUUCAAUUACGAUAAACAUAAGCAUAAUCGUAUGUUGUAUUAUCAAAUUCUAUGUAAAAUCCUUUUUGCAGAAGAUAAUUGCGAAAAUGAAUUCUAUGAGUUUAUGAAGCCAUUUGAAGCUAAAUUAGAAAGCCUAUUUAGAGAUCUUCGAGGAUUUAUUCAGCCCAUUCAAAGUCGUCGAAAUUAUUCACUCUUUUUGAAUUGGUUCUAUCCUGAUUAUAUGCCAGUAUUGAUGAAGGGUAUUCAAGCAUGGUCUCCACAUCCUUCAACCAACGUUUUACUCAAGUUUUUUUGUGAAUUCAUUCAUAAUAAAAGUCAAAGAUUAAAUUUGGAAGUCUCUUCUGCUACGGGAGUCUUGAUAUUCAAAGAUGCAAGUCAAAUUUUAUCAACCUAUGGCCAACAAAUUAUUUCAACACAAAUUACUGAUGAAAGUCAAAAAUAUCCUUUAAAAUACAAAGGCAUAACUACAUGUUUCAAUAUUCUUUCAAAAUGUUUGGGAGGUAAAUAUAUUAAUUUUGGCGUCUUUUGGUUAUAUCAAGAUAAGGCAAUCACAGAAGCUUUCAUGAUGAUGCUACGAAUGAUGCUUAAUAUACCCUUGGAUGACUUGAUGAACUUUCCUAAAUUAACAACUGCAUUCUUUAUUAUGCUGGAUGAAUAUUCAAGUGAACAAAUGAUGAUUGAUUCAAAUUUACCACCAGAAGCUUUUCUUUAUAUUCUAGAAGCUUGUGAACAAGGGAUUGAAUCCACUGACUCCAUGAUUCGUUCACAUGCUUGUGCUACAAUCAAUAACAUUUACCUUUGUAUACACUUGUGUUACUUGAACGUGAUGUAA